AUGGCCAAGACCACUCCGAUCCUCCUCUCCACGCUUGCGCUCGCACUCACGAACGCGCAGUCGGGCUUUGAAGCCCUCACUUUGGAUGACGCGCACGCCCUCGCCAACGAGCUCGAGGCGUGGAAGGCGACGCCGGCCGGCCAAGCGGCGGCCACCCUCGGCUUGCUCCCGACGCCGUCCAAGCUCGAGUCGACGGAAGUCGAGGUGAGCGAACUCGAGCGCUUCUUCGCGGCCAAGGAGGCCGUGGCCCGUCUUCAGCGCGAGCAGCCGAGCGCGAUCUUUAGCAUCGCGACGCCGUUCGCUCUCCUCACGGCCGACGAGUUCAAGGCGACCGUCGCGCGCUCGUUUGAGCAGAGCAAGCGCCUGCGUGAAGAUAUGCAAGUCGAGACGCGCCAGCUCCAAGCCAUCGGCAAGAAUUCGGUGGACUGGACGACCCACAAGUGCCUCCCGGAGGUGCGCAACCAAGGCAAGUGCGGGUCGUGCUACGCGUUCGCGGCCGUCGCCGUGGCCGAGUUUGCCCACUGCCUCGCGACGGGCGAGAAGGUCGACGUCGCGGUGCAGCAGCUCGUGAGCUGUGAUUACCGCAGCGGUGGCGGUUGUGACGGUGGCAGUGCCAACGCUGCCAUGGACACGCUCUCGCGCAUGCCCAUGUGCCUCGCGGCCGACUACCCGUACACCUCCGGGACGACCAAGGUCAACGGCGAGUGCAAGUCGUCGGCGUGCCCGACCAAGAAGCAGCUCAAGAUUGGCUCCGCCGUGCGCACGUUUGGUGAGAACAACUUGGUCGCGUCGCUCCAAUUGCGCCCGACGGCCGUGACGGUCGAGGCCGGCAACGAUGCGUGGCGCUUCUACAAGGGCGGCGUCGUCACGUCGUGCCCGGGCAAGCGCUCGGACCACGCCGUGCUUGCGGUCGCGUACGGCACAGAGAACGGCACGGCGUACUACAAGAUCAAGAACUCGUGGGGACCCAACUGGGGCGACAACGGCUACAUCAAGCUCCAGCGCAACGCACCCAACACGUCCAGCGGCAUGUGCAACGUCGGCGAAGGCCCCAUGUACCACCGUCUCCGCUAG